CGUUACGAAUUCAAAUCACCCUGCCGACCAACCCGAGUGCCACUGACGCGAAAACAGAGUCGAUUUCGAAGCGCCGCCGCCCUUGCUCUGCUCCGCCGGCGCUCUCCUCCCCCUCACUCCGCCGCGUGGCGCACCGAAGCGAGGCCGGAAGCCAAGAUCCGGCGACCACGCGCCGCGAUGCAGCAGCAGCCGGCCUUCCUCGCCAUCGGGGGGCGCGACGAGUAUGAGUACGCGAGGCUGGAAACGCUCUUGAUGCAGGGAGGGUCCGCCUCGGUGGGAGCACCUCGCUUCAAUGGCACAGACUACGAAUCAUGGCGGUUCAGAAUGAAGCUCCACUUGGGGAACUUUCACUCUCGUGUGCGGAGCAUUGUGGAAACCGGUCUCUCCUCUUGUGUGGAUGAAGCGAACCCGACGGCCCCCGAGCUGAGGAACAUCCACUACAACGCCCAGGCCAUGAACGCCAUAUACUGCGCCCUCAGUGAUGAUCAGCUCUACCGGAUCUGGCACCUUGAUACUGUUAAAUUAUGAUCUAAAUUCUAGUACCGUAUUGGACUAGACGUAGUACAUACGGUGUGGGCCUUUGCGUUGACGUCGACGCGUACGAGUACAACUCGUUUACUUGUCCUUUAAGGACUCUCAUGUAUUGCCCUCUUAUAUAACCCAUGUAGUCGCACUUCAGACGGCCUGUCGUCUCGUGCUUGUAAUACUCCUCCUCCUCAUAGUAAUUGCGUCUUCGUGCGUCCGUGGUUUUCUCCCGCAAUGGUUUUCACGUAAAAAUCCGUGUUUCUCUUUGUCUCGUUUAUUUCUCGUUAUUAUCUAACAAGUGGUAUACAGAGCUGAGGUUUAGAUACGAGUUCGUGACAAGAGAUUAGGGUUACGGUCUGUUCGGCCGCCGCCGUUCCGUGAUUCAUCCGAUCGUUUUUUAAUCCGCCGAGACCGACUCGAUUUCCAAUUAUGCGGAGAUCCCUCAAAGCUGCAGUCUUCCUCGCUGUUCUGCUGUGUUGCCACUGCCGCUCCGUACGCAGCAUCCACAUCAGCUGCCGCUCACGAGGGAAUCAAGUCCCGAGGCGAUUUGUCAUCCGUCAAAUCGCAAGCCGUCCACACCUUUUGGUUAGGCGCUGAUCAGCCACGUAUCAAGUUCGCGUACAAGGCAAAUUUGUUUCUGCUGCUGCUACUUCGCCACGUGAAGGUGCUAGUGCAUAGUAUUAGUACGGCUUUUGUUUUCCAUCAUCGAUUGCUACGGCCACUAGCGACUAUCAGGUGCUAUUUUUUCUCUGGUUCUUUGUCCGCAUAUUAAUUCUGUCAAGAAUUUUUCUAUCGGCUUGUACUACUUUGUGAAUACAGAUUUAUCGAUUCAUGGCAUUCAUGAAGUACGAUCUUCCACUGCUGGAUCGUGACACAAGGUUUAUCCUAUGGCAAGUCAAGAUGCGGGCGUUGUUGGCACUGUCCGACUAUGAUGAAGCACUGGAUAGUUUUGGGAAGAACAGAAUUCAGGACUGGACUGAUGAGGAGAAAAGAAUUGAUUGUAAGGCUUUG